GCAGAGCUGGCCAGGAUGUACAAAAACGAAGGGAACGAGUACUUCAGGGAGAAGGACUACAGGAAGGCCGUCAUCGCCUACACCGAGGGGCUGAAGAAGAAGUGCGAGGACGCAGAGCUGAACGCCGUGCUGCACACAAACCGAGGGGCCGCACAGUUUUACCUGGGUAACUACCGUUCUGCUCUCAAUGAUGCCAUCCAAGCAACAAAGAUAAAGCCCACCCAUCUCAAAGCCAUCAUAAGAGGAGCUCUCUGUCACAUGGAGCUAAGGAAUUUCUCUGGAGCAAUAGCGUGGUGUGAGGAGGGCUUGCAAAUCGAUUCGAAAGAGAAAAAGCUUCUGGAACUGAGAGCUAAAGCUGACAAAUUAAAGCGAGCUGAGGAGCGGGAUGCACGGAAAGCAAAGGUGAUGGAGAGGAAAGAACAGUGCCAAAAGGAAAACUUGCUUGCGGCCAUAAAGGAAAGAAAUAUCAAGCUGGUUCUUGAGCCUUCAAAUGAAGAAGAGGAAAUAUCCGAUGGCCUGGCUGAGAUAUCCUUAGACGGGUUCCAGUCUGACAGUGUCACGGGUGCCAAAGUGCACUUAGAUUCUGAUGGCAGCCUGAACUGGCCUGUCCUCUUCCUGUACCCUGAGCACGAGCAGACAGAUUUCAUUGCGGCCUUUCACGAGAACUCCCGGUUUAUUGAUCAUUUAAUGGUGAUGUUUGCUGAGUUACCUCCUUGGGAUUUACAAAGAAAAUACCUUCCCAGAAAUCUUGAG